ACACAAAGCAAGCCAUCAGUGUCAACCAACAUGCCGUACAAUCAACAGUUUGGAGUAUUUUUAAUGUCAUUCUAAAAAGUUUAAAAAUAAUAUUAAAAAACCAACAAACUAUUUAGUAAAAAAAAAAAAAGUGUAGCUAGCAAAAAUAAUAAAAUUUUAUAUGAAAAAUUAAGGAAGAGAAAAUUUGUGAUUAUUUAAGUGCUCCAAAAGGCACCAAGAAGAGGACGCGACCUCGAGAAGGGGGCUUCUUCGAAGGACGUCGGUCUCCUUGUGCCCACAAGUAAAUUUACUCCAAAAAAAAAAAAAAAUAACAAAAUUUAAAAAAGUGAAGUUACAAAACAAAACCAGUUAAACAGGAAAAAAAAAUCACAAAAUUCAUUUAGAAAAAAAACAGAAUAGCUAAAAGAACGGUUUUUUUUUUUAGUCAAGACCCCCCUUUGAAGUCAUUAUAACUUCCUUUGAAAUUAUUUAAAAAUUUACUUGGGUCUUUUUUUUUUGUUAUUGGAUUUUAUUGUGUAAUUGUUUAAAAGAGUUACAUUAAUAUAAAAAAUAUGGCGAGUUUGUAUUUCUUAAGCCGUGGGUGUAUCAUUGGAUUCACGAUUGCCUUCAUUUUUCUUGCAUCAACGCCGGCCAUCGCUGAACCAGAUUCUAUAUUAAAUUAUAAUGUUGAUGAGGCAGAUGAAGCUGCAAUACAGCAUACAUUUUAUACAAAAGAAUUGGAUGGUAAUGUUAUGCCAAAAAGAUCAGAAAGAUCAGUUGAACCACCACCACCAUUAUUACCAUCAUCAUCACCACCACCAUCAUCAUCUGUUGUGACAAGUAUGCAAUCUUUUUCAACACAACAAAAACCAAUGACAGAUCAAACAAUAAUUAAAAGUGCAACUGGUACAUCAACAAAUGUAACAUAUUCAACAGAUAAUUCAAAUAAUUCAACAACAAAAGAAUCAACAUUAAAUUUAUCACAAACAACAUUAAAACCAGAUAUUAAAAAAACUGAUAAAGAUUCAAAAUUUAUUGUAUCAAAUCCAAUAAAUCCAACAAGUACUAUUGGACAACCAUUAAAACCAAUAACAAUAUGGGCAAAUCAAACACGUUGGCCAAAUGCAACACGUGAUAUAACAAAAAUAAAUUCAACACAAAAAUUAAAUACAACAAUUAAAAUAAAUGAUGCAAAUACAACUGAUGUUGAUGAUAUAUCAAUUAAUCAAUUUUCUGGUCAAGUAUCAAAUAAUACAUUAACUAAAAAUAAUAUAACUAAAACAGAAGUUGAUACACAUCAAUAUUAUAAUAGUACACUUAUUAUUGAUGAAAAAAUUGGUAAAGAAUAUUGGAUUGAUAUUGAUAAUCAUCCAGAUAAAAAAAUUAAUGAAUUAUUAAGUCAAAGUCAUAGAAGAGCAACAACUGUUAAACUUAAAUUUGAUUUUCCAUUUUAUGGACAUAAAGUACGUAAUAUAACAAUAGCAACUGGUGGAUUUUUAUAUACUGGUGAUUAUGUACAUAGUUGGCUUGCUGCAACUCAAUAUAUUGCACCAUUAAUGGCUAAUUUUGAUACAACAAUGUCAAAAGAUAGUUAUGUUAAAUAUGCUGAUAAUGGUACUGCAUUUACUGUUGUUUGGGAAAAAGUUGUACUACAAGAUAAAAAAGAUGCUGGACCAUUUACAUUUCAAGCAACAUUACAUGAAAAUGGAGAUAUUGUAUUUGUUUAUUCUGAUAUGCCUUUGUUGGUAGAAGAAAUUGAAGACAAAGCACAUCCUGUUAAAGUUGGUCUUAGUGAUGCAUACAUAAUGGAUAGAACAGUAUUUUUUGUACGAAGAAAAACAAUUUAUGAAUAUCAUCGUGUUAAUUUUAAUCGUCAAGAAAUUAAAAAUUGGACAACAAUAUAUUUACGUGCAUUACCAACAUGUUUACAACAAGAAAAUUGUACUGAUUGUUUAACAAAAGUACCUGAUUUUGCAUGUAAAUGGUGUCCAGAGCUAAAUAGAUGUAGUACAGGUACAUCACGUUUUCGUCAAAAUUGGAUUGAAAAAGGUUGUGAAUUAAGAAGUAUUAAAGAAGAACAUAGUUGUCCAGCAAAUACAAAAAUAUUAACAACAAAUAUUGAUAUUAAUAAUCGUAUUGUUAAUGAUCAUGAAUUAUCAGCAAGUAUUGAAACAAAUAAAUUUUCACAUGAACCAAUAAUAGUUGGACAUCCACAACAUGAUACAAUGAAUAUGAGACACAUGGGAAUGUCUGGUAUAAUUGGAGUAUUUUUAAUAAUAUCAAUGAUUAUGGGACUUGUUUGUUGGUCUGCAUAUGCAUAUCGUAAUCCACACAGUACAUCAGGACAAAUGUUAAUAAGAUAUCGUCCAAGUCAAUGGACAUGGAGACGUGGUGAAGCACGUUAUACUGCUGCCACAAUUCACAUGUGAUGAGAUAUAUUAUAUAUAUUAUUUUUUUUUAAUAAUCAAUACUGAUAUUGUUGAAAGAAAAAUUAAUUUUGUCAAUUAUUAUUAUUUUUAUGUAUCGAAAAAAAAUAUCAUAUUUUUAAAUUUAAUUUGUUUAAUAUUUUAACGAUGCAUAAUUAUAUUAGACAAACAAAAAAAAAAAUAUAUAAAUUAUCAUCAAUUAAUUCAAUCAGUUAAUUUUGAAUAAUCGUGAUUUUUUUUUUUUUUUUCUUUUUUUAAAUUUAUAUAUUAAAAAUAAUUAUUCAAUGAUGGACCAACUUUGUAAUUUUAAUUUACUUAUUUUUUACAAACCAUAUUAAGUGGUUGUUAAAUUUUUUUUUUUGUCUAAAAGUAUAUUUAUAAAUCAAUGUUAAAAAAUAAUUCACAAAGUGCCUUUAGUAUGAAUUUAUCAGAGUGAUAACUGCUAAUGGACAAUCAAGUUUUCAUUCAAAACAGUUCGAUGAUAUUGUGAUUAUUGUUUUUUUUUUUCUUAGCAGGA